AAGUCCCAGUCUGUUAGCAGUACUGUAUUUAAAGCGGUCGAAGCCACAGCAGGAAGAAUUGAAACCGCUUUCGUUUUAGAACUUUUUUUUAAUAGUUACGCUACAGUUCAAGUUCAUCGUUUGCUCAAAAAAAUAAAGAAAAAUACACAACAAAGACAGGCGAUUCUUAAAAUAUUUUGUACAGGAUUUACAGCACUUUCAAAUGUUAAUCAAAGUGAAGACUCUCACCGGAAAAGAAGCCCCUCCACCUUCUAUUUCAAGUCCUGCGUUCAGUUCCGUCACCUCCCACCAUGGUCCUGUACGCUCUCCUCUUCUUCACUCGCUGACCAAUGAAAAAAAGGCCUGAUGAACAAGAAAACCACGUUGUUUUGAAUUGAGUGUUUUAGCAUGACGUCAUGGGAAUCCAUACAACAUUUUCGAGAAAAUAUCCUAGACGUAAAAAUCGAGAUAGACAUCGAUAACACGGAUAAGGUUUCAAGGAUUAAGGAACGAGUUGAAGAAAAGGAGGGUAUUCCUCCUACACAACAGAGACUGAUAUUUUCUGGAAAGCAAAUGGCGGACGAGAAGACGAUACUGGAUUAUAAAAUCGAAGGAGGCUCAGUGUUACAUUUAGUUUUGGCAUUAAGAGGUGGCUAAUAAUUAUGAAUUUCCGAUUCUGCCAAGAAUAAUAAUAAUAAUAAGAAUCAAUAGCUCUUAAUGAUGUGUGAUCUAUUUAUAUUAAUUAUUAAUAAACAAUCACUCAUGUUUUAACUUC